AUGACGCUGGAAGCCUUGAGCGUCCAUGAGUAUGUCUUCGCCGUCUGGAAGUUGGUCAUCCGCCCGCCGCGCCGCCGCUACACGCGGCUUGAGCUCUGCGGUCAGUUUGGCAACAGGUUCCGUGUCGGUGGCAACAUGGUGGUCAGCCGCACGAACUACGAAAUUACCAACGAGCCACACGUGUUGGGCCACCCUUUGUUCAGAUCCCAAGCCAUGGUGACAUCUGCUUGCGGAGGCGAGGUGGAGGCGCCAACACAGACACGGUUCGAGGACCUAGCACUCUCUGACGAGGGCAAGGCCGCAAUGCGAGAAACCUUCGGGUACGAGGCGCUGACUGAUGUACAACAAGCGACCUUCCAAUCGAUCCUGGAGGGCAGUAACCUCCUGGUCCGGGCGAAAACGGGAGCUGGAAAGACUCUGAGCUUCCUUCUGCCGACCAUGGACCGCCUGCAUCGGGCCGACCCACCUUCAGAAGUGGAGCUGGCGAUGUUGAUCCUCAGCCCGGUGCGCGAGCUUUCCAUGCAAAUACACGCUGAAGCUUCGAAGCUCGCAGAUCACUUCCCCUCCCUGAAGCCGGUGCUCAUGGUGGGUGGCUCCAGUUGGGAAGAGGACGUCGAAACCUUGGACGCCGUGUCUUCCGGCUAUGUCGUGCUGGUAGCAACGCCAGGUCGCUUGCAGACCCACUUGGAGAAAACUGACGGUUUUCGACAGCGACUCUCCAGAGUGCAGGUGCUCGUCUUGGACGAAGCGGACCAGCUGUCUGGUGAGCUCUUCGGCGAGGUCACCGGGAGCAUCCUGGAAGCUCUUGAUCUGGAAGCCCGGCAGAAUCUCUUCUACUCUGCAACGAUUUCAGAGGAUGUUCAGCGGCUCAUCGCCAAGGUCGCGCAGCAGUAUACAUUUGAAGAUAUGCUGGCUCGCGAAGAUGUGUCGGUUCCGGAGAGCAUUGUCCAGACCUACCAAGUGGUGCCGACGGAAGAAAUGACAACGGCCUUUUGGCGCUGCGUGGUGUCGGCAAAGAAGCAUUUCCAGGACGUGCCACCAAAGAUCGUGGCAAUCUUCCUGACGGGCCGUGUGGCGGCCUAUUAUGCCGAGGCGUUUCGGCUUUCUGGCGUUGGCUUGGAGGUCUACGAGAUUCACUCGCGCCUGAAGCAACAGCAGCGGACAGAUCAGUCAGACGGUUUUCGAGCUGCCGAGAGCGGAAUUCUCUUCACAUCGGAUGUGACCUCGAGGGGCCUGGAUUACCCUGGUGUCACCGCUGUCAUACAGGUUGGUGCCCCAGAUGGCCGGGAUGAGUACAUCCACCGAGUGGGCCGCACAGGAAGGGCGAGCAGCGCAGGACUAGGAGUGCUUCUAUUGCACGACUUUGAGCGAGACUUUCUGGAUCAAAUCGGUGACCUGCGGAUAUCGGAAGUACCGCUGGAGGCGGUGGAUGCGCCGGAGUUUGCAGCGAUGAAGAUCGGGACGAACGUCAAAGCUCAAGCAUACUACUCGCGGAUCAACCACGUCUUGAGGCUCACGAUCGGCGAUCGUGUGCUCUCUUCCUGUUCGCGACUGCGCAAGCUCAUCCUUUUCUACUAUGCCCUGAUGUUUGUGAGUAUUUGGAUGCCGGAAGCUGGAGUAUCCCAGAGGGCCGUCUUGGUCUAUCACUUCAUUGCGUGCGUUUGCUAUGUCGACAGUGCAGUUCAUAUUCCAGCCAGCCUUGUGAUGUUCCUUGGUCGGCUUUGCCAUGGAUUCAUGCUUUAUGGCAAAGAGUUUCACUUCAUGGAGUUUGCCUUCGAUCAUGGAGCGGUCACGAUUAUCGUUAUCAUCUUUUCCAUUGUGCUGGAGCGGACCCUGAGGGACCGCUUGGCAGCACAGUUCAGGAACUCGGACGCGGAGUCCAUGAUCUCUGCUUUCCGCCAAAUGCUUCGAGGUGUCUGUGACGGCGAAGUGCUGCUGGAUGACAAUCUUCGCAUACAAGAAGGCGCCGGAUGCUUAAAUCGGCUCUUGUCGCCCAGCGACUGCCUGGACAAGAAGAUCUUUCCAGACCUUCUUCUUCAGGAUUCAGACGAGCUGGAACGCUUUGAAAAGUUCAUCUCGCAGCCGCUGGAUCUUCAUUCUUCGGCUGCGCAACUUCCUGCCCCAUGUCUUCGCCUGUCUUUGCAGUCGUCGAAUUCCCAACGAGCUGGGGUCGACGUCUAUCACGUGGCCUUGCAGCAUCUCUUUGGCUGCGAAGGCUCUUACCAUCUCCUGGGCUUGAAGCUCGAUGUCGAGUCGCAGGCCAUUCCUGAUGCCGCACAUGAAUCGGCAGGAAUGGCUUCGCUGCGCAAUUCAAUUUUGAGGAGGCCACCGGCCCGAUCCCAAGCCUCCAGCCGAUCUGGUGGAACGCUGCUGCGGACGGUUUCGAAUGUGGAAGAGCUCAUGAUGCUCGUUCACGACAGGGACCAGCAGCCGGUCAGCCAGAUACAUUUCAAGUACAGAGAGACUUCGUCGUCCUCUGCCCAAGGAGACUCCGUGAUGCCGGAUUUGAAGAGCUUGAUCCGUCCAACCGAUUGGGAAACGGUCCGCGCCUCCAUCGCCAGACAUGCGGCGGGUGAUCACUGCCUCAUGGAGCUUCCGAGGAUCUGGGUGAAGGCCUUCGAACGACAGUCUGGCUAUGUGCAGGCUCGACGUGUUUCCCUGAAACCUUGCAGAGACACUGCAAGGUCAAGGCGGGGCUAUCUGUGGCUGCAUUUGCGUGAUCUGCGGUUCGAAGAAAAGCAACGGCGGGCUCCCAGCGAGCUUGCUGACUUGGCUGAGAUGCACGGCGAGGGCCUUGACGUGCUGGAGGUCUUCCGCGAGGGUCAACGUUUCGCCAGCUCGAUCGGGGCUCUCGACGAGGAGGGCCGUCCCCCAGCCCUGACAGAGCAGAACGCACAGAGGUACGGUGUGGCUGAAAUAGAUGACCCGGCCAUCAAUAUCGUGCGCACCCCUCCGGCCCCGUCCGUGUCCAUCUCCUAUCAGAUCUUCGAUACCAUCGAUCUCGGCCGCACGCUUCCAAAGCUGCUGGCUGCGCAGGCCGCGCAGCAUGGCAAGGUGGUGGCGAUCUUCAUCAAUGGAGAUGUUGCGAAGCUCUACGCCGAGAUGGCGCGCAAGGACGGCUCGUCCUACGAGGUCUACGAGGCCCAUUCUGCGAACAGCAAGAAGGUCAGGAAGAAGGUGGUGCAAAGUUUCGCCGCCGCUGCAAGCGGGGUCCUCUUCACGGCAGGGCUCUCUGCUGCCACCCUUCCAUCAGAAGGAGUUUCAGCGAUCAUCAUGAUUGGUUUGCCUGCUUCUGCCAAAGACUAUGGUCAGAUUGUGGACUAUAUUUCGCGGUCUGCUCAGGGCUCCACCACAACAGCGUUGCUGCUGCUGUCGGCUUUUGAAGAGAAGGCCCUAGGUGCUUUGGCCUCCGGCGCAUUGGUUGCCUCAGCCUCCCCUGCAGAGGUCCCAAAGGAAGACCCUGGCAUUCUGGAGGAGCUCAAUGACAAGCUACAGGCGAAGGCAUACUUCUCUUGGCUGAGGCACUACGCGCUGAACCCGCUGCUACAAGAUAAGCUCAUGGCGGUGCAGGAGGCCUCUCGCUUCGCCGAAGCCAUCGGCGCCCUCAGCGAAGGACGACCUCCAGCCCUUGCGCCGCGCAUGCUGGCAGACAUGGGUAUCGAGGGAAUCGCGGAUGAUGCGCUCAACGUCGCUGAAACUUGA